AUGAGCUUAGAGUUGCCUCCAGGGAUUCCUGGGUCUGUUUUGCCGAGUGUCAAGAUCUAUAAGAAUGACUGCAUGUAUUGCUAUGAUACCGCGGAAAAUAACGAGCUAGGGUUGGAUAUUGAUUUGAAAACUUAUAAGGCAUAUUCGAGAAAUAAGGAUUUUAAUUUUACAAGACAAAACUAUGAAAGAACGGGAAACUACUUGUAUUUGAACAUCAAAAAGACGCUCAAGCCUCAAGAGGAAGUCAACAAGUUAUUGUAUGACGAUAAGGGGGAGAAAAACUGCAAAAUACAGAAAUUGGAGGUGAAAAACGUAAAGGAAGAUGAAUAUUAUGUAACAAGUAUAGGAAUUUACAACGUGAAGGAAGACAAAUUGUAUAGUAGAGAACAAAUUAGUGCCGAAUUUCAAAGGCUCAUUGAUCAAAUUUUGGAAGCAAACUCGUCUAGCAAAGUUGAAGAAAUUAAGCAAUGGGAGCAGGAGAUUGAGCCGUGUCCUCAUUCGAUUGAUUUGCAUCCAGAUAUUGUCGAAAAAGUAGACUUGACAAAGUGCAGCAAGUGCGGCUUGAAGGAGAAUUUAUGGAUAUGUCUUCAUUGUGGUGCUUUGGGUUGCGGGAGACAGCAAUUUGGUUCUUCACUAGAAGGAAACGGGCAUGCAUUGGCACAUUAUGAAAAUAACCCAACACACCCUGUAGCACUCAAACUAGGGUCUUUGUCAAGCAAUCCCGAUAGCUGCGAUGCGUAUUGCUACCAGUGUAACGAUGAAGUGAAAGUUCCUGACUUGGCUAUUAAACUUGAAAAGUUUGGAAUUGACUUGAGCGUUGCUACAAAAACGGAAAAGUCUUUAGUGGAAUUGAAUAUAGACCAAAAUAUGAAUUGGGAUUUCAAGUUGGAAGGAGUUGCUGGCGAGAAAUUGGCACCAGUUUAUGGAAGAGGGUUUACUGGAAUUCAGAAUUUGGGUAAUUCGUGUUACAUGAAUUCUGUAUUACAGGCAUUGUUCGACUUGGAGGCAUAUCAAGAGUUUUUCAAAAACCUCACAUUUGAUUUGGAAGCAGAUCCUGCACAAGACUUGACCACUCAAUUGAUCAAACUCUACGAUGGACUCUAUAGUGGUCGAUACUCUGUCCCGGGCUCUCUAAAAGGUGAAGAUUACCAAUUGGGGAUUAAACCUUCAACUUUCAAAACACUCGUUGCUAAAAACCAUGAGGAAUUCCAAACACAAAAACAGCAAGAUGCAUUUGAAUUUUUGCAAUAUUUCUUGGGAAAAGGAGAUCAACAAUUUGGCAUGAAACUCAACCGGAGCUUGAAAUUUCUUUUUGCUAACAAGGUUAUCUGUGCCCAUUGCAAGCAUGGGUCCAUUACAAGUGAAUUAUUGGACAAUAUAUCCGUGCCAAUUGAAGAAAAAAAUGCUGUAAACAUGGAAGAUAGUGCUUAUGAGAAAACCAAUUUAGAAAGAAGUUUGGAACUUCUCUCGGAGAAGGAGACUAUAGAUGGAUACAAGUGUGAAAACUGCCUGGUUGAACCCGGACAAGCUUUUAAGUCUGGCGGUUUUGCAACGUUUCCAAAGAACCUAAUCAUAAGUGUCCAAAGAAUCAAGUUGGUCAAUUGGACGCCUACUAAAGUAGAUGUUCCAAUAGAAAUACCUUACUCAUUGGAUCUAUCAAAGUUUAGGGCUCCUAAAUUUGACGACGAUGAAAUUGAAAAAGCAAAUGUUGUCAAGACCCAAGAAGAAACAGAAACUAGAUUUGAACCCAACGAAGGGUUAUUGAAUGUGUUGCAAGAUAUGGGAUUUCCUCAGGUUAGAUGCAUUAAUGCGUUGUACGCUACAGGAAACCAGAAUGCCGAAGAAGCAAUGAACUGGAUUUUUGCACACAUGGAAGAACCCGAGAUUGAUAAGCCAUUGGUUUCUAGUGGUGGUCAACAGCUGGACGAUGAAGAAGUAUUAGAGAACCUUAUUGCGAUGGGCUUUUCACGCGCAUUAAGCGAGAAAGCCCUUCAUUUAAAUGGUAGAGAUCCUAAUGCAGCUGUAGAAUGGCUAUUUGCCAACCCCAACGAUGACGGUGUUUUGCCAGCACACGUAAAACCAGUUAUCGAUGUCAAGAAAGAGGAGAAAACACUAAUUGAGGAUUUAGAAAGGGAAAUUGAUACCAAUACUGACACAGACUCGUUAUACCGACUCAAAUCAGUCAUCUGUCAUAAGGGCUCAUCCCCACAUACAGGUCACUAUGUUGUAUUUGUGAGAAGAUUUAUAGAAGGGGAUUGGAAAUGGGUGCUUUUCAAUGAUGAGAAGGUUGUAGUGUGCGAUGAAAACAACUUGGCUGAAAUAGAACGUAAUGGCUACAUUUAUAUAUUUGGAAAAACAACUCCACCAUCGAGCAGAGCGAGAUAG